AUGAAGAAGAAGAAUGUGCUCGUCAUCGGCGGCGGCUCCGUCGGCACUAUCGCAGCGCUCAAUCUCGAAAUCGGUGGCCUCGCGAACGUCACCAUCGUCCUACGCUCAAACUACCAUGUCGUGAGCACCAAGGGAUACGAUAUCGAGUCUUGCGACCACGGCAUCUUGAGGGGGUGGAAACCGAGCUUUGUCCGGAACACCGUCCCCGACAUCGCGAAAGAACUCCUCGACCCCUACGACUACAUCGUCCUCGCCACGAAAAACAUCCCUGACAUUCCACCCACGGCCGUCGACCUCGUAAGCCCCGCGUUACCCUCCGACAACACGCACACCACGCUCGUCCUCAUACAAAAUGGCCUGAAUAUCGAGAAGCCGUUCCUAGAGCGCUGGCCCAACACAGCGGUCCUCAGCGGUGUGAGUCUAAUAGGCAGUGCUGAAUUAGAACCCGGAAAGAUUGUGCAAGAUGACAAGGACCGUCUGCUCAUCGGGGCCUUCCCCAGCGCCACCACCAGAAAAGACGCUGAACAGAAAGCACAAGAGUUCGUUGGAAUGUACGGCAGGGGCGGGAAAACAGACUGCAAGUACUCUCCGGACGUGCUGCACGAUCGGUGGAGGAAGCUCGUGUACAACGCGUGCUUGAACCCGAUAUGCGCGAUUACAGGGCUGGAUACGGGGAGGAUUAGACUAGCCGAUGGGGCGGCAGAGGGCUUGGUUAAGCCGGCGAUGAGGGAGAUUGUCGCCGCGGCUAGAAAGAUAGGGGUUGAGCUCGGGGAUGACGUGGUGGAGUAUAUGCUGGAGGUGGAUCCGUUGGAGAUCUAUUUGGCGCCGAGUAUGUUGGCGGAUGUGAGGAAGGUAAGUAUUCCAAUCCAUACAUGCGCGAUUUCGCUCGGUAACUUUAUUGAGUUCGAGAACCUGCUGGGCGAGCCGCUAAGGGAGGGGCGGAAGGCUGGGGUGCCGAUGCCGACGCUCGAGGUGCUUUGUCAGAUUGCGAGGGCGAUUCAGUGGCGGACGAAGGAGGAGAGGGGUUUGGUGGAGGUUCCGGCUAAGAGGGGUCAGUAA